GCCUAUGUUCUUUGCUUUUGCAUUCUCUGGACUUCCAGAGGAACUCCGCCAGCUUAUCGCAGCAGUGUUGGCCUCGUAACCAUCGGGCACUGUUUAAUUGUGCUGAAUGUCACCAAGAUAAGCUGUCGCUAUAAAAUAUUGUCUCAUCUUUCUGUGAGACAGGGGGUCCAUGGCUCAGGAUGAGAGGGGGGCAGGGAUGGCCAACACCACAAGUGGUCCAGAAACAGGCAAAGACAUGGAAGAUCUGACAAAAAGCCUGGAGAAGCUCUGUGAGAGCCCUGAUGAGGAGAAAAGCGAGAAGGCUCUGCUGCGUUCAUGCCUAGAACAGCAGCAUCACCUUACCUGUAUGCUGAAGCAAAAAGCAGAUGAUGCACACAAACGCUGCAAAGGCCUGGAGCAGCUCAACACAGAGCUGGAAAAACUGAUGACAGAGGAUGCUGUGAAAAUGAAAACCCAGACCCAACUGAUUCAGCAUUUAGAGGGACGCUUCAUGGAUCUGGCCAGCAACCCUGAAAAAAUGAUCCAGCUCAAGGACAAACACAGGGAAUGGCAUAUGCAGCUGUGGGAGGAGAAUAAGUGCCUGUGGCAGGAGAACGAGAUGCUCUUCAGCCAGACUGUGAGGGAUAAGGAAGCUGAAGUGCUCCAGCUCACUGCCCAGGCCAGAAAGCUCUCGCAGCAGUUAGACUGCUUACAGGAGAAAUGUGCUUAUGAGAGUCACAGAGCCCAGGAGCGAGAGAAGGAGCUGCUGGAAGCUCAGAGCCAGCGAGCAAGUCCUUAUGCCUGGGAGGUUGAUUUACUAAAAAAACAGCUGCAACGCCUACGGGAGAAGCACCAGCGAAUUGUUGCACAGGCAGAGCAACAAAGUCAGUGGACGGCUGAGGGCAGCGAGCUGCAGGCCCAGCUGCAGAAGGCAAACGAGGAGAAAGAGCAACUACCGAACCUGGCCAUGGAGAGGGGCAAAGCUCUGCAAGAUAAGCCACAGCAAAUUCAGCAGCUGGGGAAGAAGCUGGAGAGUGCAGAAAAAGCCAGGCAGAGAGCAGGAAUGUGCCUGUGGAAGAGGGCAGCAGCUGACAAUGACAUGAAGGUCCGCGAGCUCCGGUGACAGCUUGAAGGCAGCAAGCAGGCAUACAGCGAACUCUCGCUGCAGUGUGAUGCUCACAGAAAGCACAGUAUGAAUCUACUGGCUAAAGAAAAAGCACUGAAUGUCAAACUCCACCAUUUUGUUGCGUAACUGCAGCUUUCUCCUUGGUUCC